AUGCGGCGGCGUCGCCUCUCCUACCUUUCUCUUAUCGGCACCCUCACGCUGCUCCUAUUGGUUGACUUCAUAGUUAGGAACUUCGUGACGGAUGACGCAACGGCUAGCGCUAACGUGACGGCUCACCCUCGGGUGCUCUCUCCCCACCCUAUCGGCUUGCAGCCUGCGUCUUCCUCGCAUGCAUCGGCAUGUACACGUUUUUUGUAUAGAGCUCCUACAAGGGAGUUGGCGGGCAACGGCCGUGCGUUGCUUGCGUUGCUACUUACGAGUUUACAGUACCAUGGCGUGGCGCGCUUGAAAGAGACGCUUCCCACUUGGAUGGACAACUUUUUGGUGGCGCAGGGUAAUGUGGAUCUGGCGAUUUUCUACGCUUAUUCCACAGUAACUGCUGCACAAUUGGUAGAUACAUUUGGCCUCGCAAAGGCUUCAGAGGGGCAAUUGACAUCCCUUGAGGUUAAAUUCCGCGAGUUGCGGGCUGACGUCGCCGCGGAUGUUUCCCUGACGCCAGAGGAGUGGACUUCCCUGGGAGAUGGAUAUUAUUACUUGCCGCGCGUGCAGCCAAUGGUUGUGUUUCGUUUGGUGCCCGUGAACUUGACCUUUCCGCGCUACAUUCAGGCAAACUGGUCGCUGCUGGAGGAUCCCACGUGGCUGCGUUGUGGCUGUCCACCGUUCUGCCCGGUUCACCGGUCACCACCGGAGUAUGUUCAAGGCACACGAUGGUAUUCGCACGCUCUCUUUGAACAGCCGAUUGUGCGGCGCUACAGUUUCUGGGUGAAGCUGGACGUUGACGUGGCAUUCUUUCGGCCGCUGCAGGACAACCUCGUGCGGCUGCUCCUGUCAAGUGGCCGGCUGCUGGGGCACACAGGCUACACCUACAACGGCCACGGCUGCAGUGACGAGUUGCAGAAGGCGAUAGGGGAGUUCCUGGCAGGUUACGGCGCACAGGCAGUGAGCGCCGGCCAAGGCUGGUGGUUGUCCGAUGACCGAACGUACUACACCAACUUUGUUGUGGGCUCCGUCAACUUUUUCCUCCAGCCGGAGGUACGGGAAUUGACGGCGCACCUAAACGAAUACCGUGACGGCUUCUUUAAACACCGCUGGACGGACCAAAGUCUUCUUCACAAGCUGCUGGGCGUCUUUUGCGGCCCGGACGAAGCGAAUUUCUCCCUCAACUGGGAGAAGCUGCGGUGCUCAAAGAAGCGUACCACACCGGAUGCCGUGUUUUACCACAGCAAGCGAAAGAAGCGAAUCCGUCCAGGGAGGCCUUGUCGAGCGUGA